AUUGUAAUUCUCCCCAAACAAUAAAUGGCUUUAAGCAGGAAAGUAAGGAUACAAUCUUAAAGGUAACUUUGACGUUGAUUUGCAGACUAAGUAAUUGUCCUUUCUCAUCUUUUUCUGUGCAGAUUGACUGUGAUGCCGCAGCAAAGCUGAAAAAUCACGGCGAUGGAUUUGCUGUUUUAAACUUCUACUAAAUCAACAAACUGUCCAAGAGGAAAAAAGGCCUUCUGUUUAAGACUGUUCCUUCUUAAAGUGAAAGAAGCUCGAAAAUGUCAGAUUUGGAUGAUAUCAUUAGGCUUUACUUCAGACUCUCUUUAAAUAACAAAGAAAUCCUUCAAAUUUUAGCGCACAGUCAUCAUACUAUAUUAAGUAAUCGUACUCUAAAAAGAAUUUGCAGAAGACUUGGGCUGUUUCGAAGAAAGAAUUAGUCCGACCUUGAAGAAGUGCUAGCCUUUGUCCAACAACAAAUAAUGACUAAUGGACAAAUGCAAGGUUAUCAGUGGCUACAUCUUCGUGCGAUUCAACAUGGAUUUGUGGUGUCACAAGACACUGUGAGACAAUUAAUCAAAUUGUUUGACCCAGAAGGUGUGGAACUGAGACGAGCACGACGGUUGAGAAGACGUCAGUACAAUUGCAGAGGACCAAAUGCGCUCUGGCAUAUGGAUGGCUACGAUAAACUAAAACCUUAUGGCAUUGCUAUCAGUGGCUGUAUAGAUGGUUUUAGCCGACAUGUUUUAUGGAUGGAGGCUUAUACCACGAACAAUGACCCAAAACUGAUUGCAAGUUAUUUUUUGAAAACCGUUUCAUGUGUCAAAGGAUGUCCUGAGAGGAUACGUGCCGACAGAGGCACAGAAAACAUUUGUGUUGAACAAAUGCAGAUAUUUCUGAGGCGAAACCACACAGACAGUUUUGCAGGGGACAAAAGUUUCCUUUACAGAAGAAGUACAUCCAACCAGCGCAUUGAAGGAUGGUGGUCCACCCUCCGUAAACAGAGCGCACAGUUUUGGAUGAACUUAUUUCAAACCUUUCUGGAUGAUGGUCACUUCACAGGAGAUUUUUUGGAUAAAAGCCUUAUCCAAUUCUGCUUUCUUAAUCUUAUUCAGGAUGACCUUGAUGAUGAUGUGAACACAUGGAACUCACAAAAUUCGGGCAAGUGGGGGUGCAGUAUCGGGCCGACCUGUGGUGAUGUACUCAUUUCCAGAGCUGCACAGGGGCUCUGAUGGAGGAUUUUUCCAGUGGCCCUAAUCCUCUUCCGUAGAGUUUCAGCCUGCAGCUUCAGUGUUGUUCUGAACAGACUGACGCCUCCCGGCCCUAAUAAGCGAACAGGAUCAGACACCCAGACUCAAACAACAAACACUUCUUGUUUCCAGGAAUCAGAGCACCGAACAAACAACACCCUUCAUAAAUAUCAAGUUGCAUUCAUAUAUUUACUCAGCACACAACAUGAGGUCAGAGGUCAGAUAAAACAAACUGUGAGCUCAAAAAAUGUCAAAUAAAAGGGCACAGUUCAAUCCCACAUAGCAAAUAUUUAAUCUUAUCAACAUGUUUUGGUGGAUUUUGAGUAAUAUGUCUGAAAUUGAGCCAGAGUGGCAACUUGGUAGAGAAUCUGUGGAGGGAGAUGAAGAUUAGGGUGAUGGAACAGAGGCCUUCCAACCUCUGAGCUC